AUGGACAAGGAGUCAAAAUGUAGCAGUUCCGAAUCUGAUGAUUUAGAAGAUAUGUACAAGGAAAGGCCCAAUUUCGAGAAUUAUGCAUAUCCUAAUGAUUACUGGAAGCUUGUGAAAUCCAUAAAAUAUUUCACUUAUGGUAGACCGUUAAUAACUACGAUAGCUCUUAUUACAACUUACGAAUGUAAUUUUCAAGAUCCUAUCAUGUUAAAAUAUUUAGAUGAUUACCGUAUAGUUGGCAUUUUAUUGAACUUCCUGCAAAGCACAGAUAAACGAGUUCAGACAGUUUCACUUAGAUUUUUAAGGAACUUAAGCAAAAUUCGAGCGCUCCGGCACGAAAUAGUUUAUCUGGGAGGAGUGAGGUGCAUGGUUAGAUUAUUGAUGGAAGCUCAAAUCGACCUAAAGCAAGCAGCCGCUGAAACAAUAACUUCUGUUGCUGAUUUCCAUAAAGCUUGGUCAGCUGUUCGUCAAGCAGGAGGUAUACCAUUAUUAGUAAAUAUGAUGUAUGUUUCUCAGGCUCUUUUAUUUGAAGAUCCACAAACUUUGAGUGAACAGUUAAUCGCGGUUAUAAAAGCCGCAGAAGCUGCAGCUGAAACUCUGUUUGUCGUGUGCCAGUGUCGCAAAAACCAAAUUGAAUUUCUGCUGAGCGGAGCUUUAAAAGGUUGCCAAAACAUUCUCAAGACCCCACACGUCCGCUUGUGCACGUACGUUUUGCAAAUCAUUCAGAAAUGUGCUUCACAAAAGUGUAUUCGAAAGGCCAUAAAAAAUUCAAAUAUGCUCGAAGAUUUCCGAGUCCAUUUUUACAGUGACGAUCAAAAGUUAAUGCAAGCUGCAGCUCAAGCAGCUUUCAAAUGUGCCGAAGGCGAAGAAUCGAAACGCUUCUUCGGCAAGGCAGGAUUCGUCGAUAAAUUGUACGAAAUAAUUCAGACUUCAGCCUUCCACACGGAUUACAACCUCAUGGCCUCUGUUUCAGGAGCACUAAGGAAAUGUGCUGAAAAUGAGGACAACGUGAAGAGCAUUCAAGCCUUGAAUGCAGCACCGCUACUAAUCCAACUUUUAAGUUCUCAACCAAAAACUGUACAAGAAAACUUAGUCGCAUGUAUUAGCUGCUGUCUGUCCAAUCCUCAGAUUCGGACAACGGUGAGGAAAAACAAUGGCAUUGAAGCUCUGAUUGGACUUUUACAUACAACACACCCACCACUGAUAAUGCAUUUAAAUAAAGCUUUGGCUACAGCUUCUGCUGAUAAUGAGUGUUUGAUGAUAAUAGAGAAAAUGGAUGCCUUGCGUUUGAUUUGGUCCUAUCUGAAACAUGAGAACCCAUCUGUAAAGGCAAAUGCUGCUUGGCAAUUGGCUUCGAUUCUGAAGAACGUAGAUCAUUCCUCUAGAUAUGUGCGAUCUUUAGUAGGAGGGAUCCAAGUGCUGAUGGAAUGCUUACAAACUAAUCACACCCGUGUAUUAACCUCCAUAUGUGCAUUGAUAGUAGUCUUAAGCAAAGAGGCAGACAAUUUAAGGAUAUUAACGAACUAUCAGGUAGUUGAGAAUCUUUCGAGAUUGACAGGUACCAAAUGCCGCCGGCUUAGGUAUCAUCUUUGUAUGGCCAUAACAGCUUGUUGUCCUUACAGGAACAAUCGCGAGGAAUUCGCGAAAAGGAGAAUAGUGUAUCCUUUAAUGAAAAUGUUGAAAAGUAAAUCAGCAGUGGUGAAAGGAGCUGCUACCCAUGCUCUUUAUCAACUGGCGCAUAUAGCACGAUGGUGCGCUGCUAUGUACAAUACUUCCGGGGUGUAUGAAGUGCUCUUGAAUGAAAUGAGAAGCAAAGAUCGAGAUGUGCAAGAAUCAGCUGCAGGAAUUAUUCAGAAAAUGCGCAUUUUUGCUCUCAAUCGAGAUGGAAAUGUCCCGCAAUGGUUAAUCGAAAAACAUUCUACUUCUUUACAUUGA